CCUCCACCUAAGCCCUCUCCUUUCUCCCUCCCUCUGUUCUCCCCAUCUCUCACUGUGUAUGUGGAAAUGUCGUUGAUCUUGCGUCGAGCUAGGUCAUCUUCUCUUCCCAAUCUACUCGCAUGGCGUGCCUUAGGUUUUCGCACCAUUUGCUCCGGCCGUCUUGGUCUGGCGCCGUCUAGUCCAUACUCGCCGGCGCCGGCAGGAGUCAAAAUACUGGAGUCUUUCAGGGAAGAAUUCGAAGUCGGAUCCCAAGUGAUCACUCUCGAGACGGGGAAAAUCGCACGGUUCGCCAAUGGCUCCGUUGUGCUCGGCAUGGACGAGACCAAAGUCCUCUCCACCGUUACCUCUGCUAAGUCCAACUCUCCUGGAGACUUCUUGCCUCUCACUGUUGACUAUCAAGAGAAGCUAUACGCUCAAGGAUUGAUUCCGAACACGUAUAUGCGGAGAGAAGGUGCACCAAAGGAGAGGGAACUAUUAUGUGGACGGAUUAUAGAUAGGCCUAUCAGACCCUUGUUUCCUCCAGGGUUUUACCAUGAGGUUCAGAUAAUGGCAAGUGUUCUGUCGUUGGAUGGGAAGCAGGAUCCUGAUAUACUGGCAGCUAAUGCAGCAUCAACUGCGCUCAUGCUAUCGGAUAUUCCAUGGGGAGGGCCCAUUGGAGUCAUCAGAUUAGGAAGGAUAGAUGGGCAAAUUGUUGUCAAUCCAACUAUGGAUGAGCUUAGCUCAAGUGAUCUCAGUUUGAUAUACGCUUGCACGAGGGAUAAGACUAUGAUGAUUGAUGUUCAAUCCCGUGAAAUCUCCGAGAAAGAUCUUGCAGCUGCUCUGAGACUAGCUCAUCCUGAGGCUGUUAAGUACAUCGAUCCCCAAAUAAGAUUGGCAGCUAAAGCUGGGAAACAAAAGAAAGAGUACAAAUUGUCUAUGCUCUCUGAGAAGACUUUAAAAAAAGUGGCUGACUUGGCUGCAACGCGUAUCGAGUCCAUCUUUAGCGAUCCUUCAAAGGGAAAGUUUGAACGUGGCGAGGCUCUAGAUGACAUUGGAAAAGAUGUGAUAAAAGUGUUUGAAGAAGAGGGCGAUCAUGAAAGCUUGAGCAUCCUUCCAAAGGCUGUUGAUACAGUGAGGAAGAAGGUAGUUCGUUCAAGGAUGAUAUCAGGCGGGUUUCGGGUCGACGGGAGACAUCUUGAUGAAGUCAGGCCCAUCUAUUGCGAAUCACAUCACCUACCUGCAGCUCUAGUUCAUGGGACAGCACUUUUCUCACGUGGAGAGACGCAGGUGCUUUGUGCUGUUACACUUGGAGCACCAGGAGAUGCUCAAAACUUGGAUUCUGCUGCUGGCCCCUCGAAAAAGAGAUUUAUGCUUCACUACUCCUUUCCUCCGUUCUGUACAAAUGAAAUCGGGAAAAAAGGAGGAGGCCUUAACAGGCGUGAAGUUGGUCAUGGAACACUUGCGGAGAAAGCAUUGCUUGCUGUCAUGCCACCUGAAGAGGAUUUUCCUUACACUGUCCGCAUAAAUUCAGAAGUGAUGUCCUCAGAUGGCUCCACGUCUAUGGCAAGCGUUUGUGGAGGUAGCAUGGCUUUGAUGGAUGCCGGAAUUCCUCUACGAGCUCAUGUUGCAGGUGUCUCCGUCGGUCUUGUUACUGACGUUGACCCAUCAAAUGGAGAAAUUAAAGACUACCGUAUAGUAACUGAUAUAUUAGGUUUGGAAGAUCAUCUUGGAGAUAUGGAUUUCAAGAUUGCCGGGACAAGAAGUGGUGUGACGGCAAUUCAAUUGGAUAUCAAGCCAGCUGGAAUACCAUUGGACAUAGUUUGUGAAUCUUUAGAAAAUGCGCGUGAAGCUCGUCUUCAGAUUCUUGACCAUAUGGAGAGAGAGAUCAACUCCCCGCGAGAGCAUCCUGCUCGGCUAGCAACUUUGAAGUACACCAACGAUGCACUUCGUAGCUUGAUCGGACCUAUGGGCGCCCUCAAGAGAAAGAUUGAAGAGGAAACAGGUUCAAGAUUGUAUAUUGAUGAUGGAACAUUAACUAUAGUUGCCAAGAAUCAGGCUGUGAUGGCGAAGGCUCAGGAAAAGGUUGACUUCAUCAUUGGUCGUGAAAUAGUUGUUGGUGGUGUGUACAAAGGCACUGUAACUUCUAUUAAAGAGUACGGCGCAUUUGUUGAGUUCAACGGUGGUCAACAAGGCCUACUACAUAUGUCUGAGUUAUCUCAUGAACCAGUCUCCAAGGUUUCAGAUGUAUUACAUAUUGGCAAGUACAUCACUAUGAGGUGCAUUGACACUGAUGUCCGUGGUAACAUAAAAUUAUCUCUCAAAGCACUGUUACCCAAACCUGAAACCAAAUCAGCAUCUGCUCCUGAAAAGAUCCCUGUGGUGAUGAAAGACACUGUCUCCGUAGAGACGUCUAGUUUUGGAGAGACAGUUGCAAGUCUUCCCAGUGUCGUAGAGCCACCUCAGAAAUCUAAAUUAGCGGUUCCUGCAGUUGUAAUCCGUACUGCUGUGGAGUGUGAUGAGGCAGAGAAGUCUUCUCCUGUGGACAAGAACAUUAAACCUAAACGCGCUGCGACACUGAAACCGGACCGGAAACUCAAAUCCACUGCCACUAAACAGACUGGGGCACAGGAGGAAGAGGAGGCACUCAAAUUCACUGUUCCAGAAGAAACUACGACCAGCUGUGGUGAGACACUAAAGAAACCCUCUAGGAAGAAGAAAGAGUCAGAGAACGAGGCUGGAGAGAGCACCUCGGUUAGUGCUCGGAAACUGAAGAUAGGAACAGAAAUGACAGCCAAAGUCCAGCAGGUUCGAACCCAUGGAUUGGUUCUUGAUCUAGGUGGUGGAAUCCGUGGGAUGUACAAAUUCGAGGGCGAUGGAGAGGCAGAGUUUGAGAUUGGAGAUGCGUUGCAGGUGAAAUGUACAAGUUUUACUACCAAAGGAAUCCCUGUGAUGGCUUUGGUUGAUGACGAGGAGCUUUAGUGGUGAGCUAGGAAUCAAUUAUAUGGGAUCAUAUGAGAGUUUUGUUUGAAAUGGUUUUGCUGUUUCAGUUAUGAACAUUAUUCUCUAGAAGUUUUCUUCCUCGUCUUUGUUUGGCCAGUCUAUCUUGUUGAGGGACAGGUGAAGUAGAUCUUUAAUCAUUCAUAAGAAUAUAUAUUAUACAUAGAUAACUCAAGAUUACGAAGAGCUAUUGUGUUUGUAGUUAGUGAUUUGUAUAAUAUAAAGAUCCAGCUACAUAGGAACUCACCAUUUGGUGAAUGAGUGAAGCCA